CUUUUUGCCAUUUGAGAAUUUGAUUCACGAAGUUAGGCCAAAUCGAUUUCCCCUCCGUCAAGAAGUGAAAUUGACAUUUGUUUCACGGAAUAUAAUGACUUCCUCAAAAUCUCAUUACAAGGAGAAGAUUGCUGCUCGUCGGAAGGAGGAGAAAUCAGAGGAGUCCGAUAAUCUAAAGUACAGAGACCGUGCAAAGGAACGAAGGGAGAAUCAAAAUCCAGAUUAUGAUCCAUCGGAGCUUGGUUCUUUCCACGCCGUUGCUCCUCCCGGAGCUGUCGAUAUCCGUGAUGCGGAUGCACUAAAGCUCUCUAUAGAGAACAGCAAGUAUCUUGGAGGUGAUGUUGAACAUACCCAUUUGGUUAAGGGGUUGGAUUAUGCUUUGCUGAACAAAGUAAGGAGAGAAAUUGAUAAGAAACCUGAUGCUGAAGAUAAUGGUGGGACGACCAGUGUGCCCAAGGAAGAUCAACGAGUUACUUUCCGUACCACAGCUGCAAAGUCAGUUUACCUGUGGAUUGUCAAACCACAAACUAUUACCAAGUCUAAUGAGAUCUUCCUUCCUGGUAGAAUGACAUUUGUCUAUGAUAUGGACGGUGGAUAUACCCAUGACAUACCAACCACUUUGUAUAGGAGUAAAGCUGACUGUCCAUUACCAGAGGAACUUGUGACAGUCAAUGUUGACGGUUCUGUGCUAGAUCGAAUUGCUAAAAUCAUGUCAUACCUUCGCCUUGGAUCAUCGGGAAAAGUUCUCAAGAAGAAGAAGAAAGAAAAAGAUGGUAAAGGAAAGAUGUCAACCAUUGCUAAUGGAUAUGAGGAAGAAAGUAAUCAAUCUAAGAUUGAGAAGGAACCUUCUGAGAACACAAGUGAAAGGGAAUGGGAAGUUUUGCCUCCUCCACCGUUACCCUCUGGGACCAACCAUAUGGAUUUGAGUAAGAAAGAAGAAGUACCAGCUGUUGCUAGGACAGACGCUGAUGACAUAUUUGUUGGUGAUGGCGUCGACUACACUGUUCCUGGUAAAGAUGUGACGCAGAGUCCUAUAUCUGAGGACAUGGAAGAAUCUCCCAGGGAUAAGGAGAAAGUCUCAUAUUUUGCUGAGCCUGCUUAUGGUCCAGUGCAGCCAUCUGCUGGUCAAGAAUGGCAAGAUAUGAGUGGAUACUGUGAAGUUCAUACUCAAGGACUGGCUGCUGAGUAUCAGGAAGAGUGGCAGGGUUACCAAUAUGCAGAUCAAAUUGGGUAUCAAGAGCCGUACCUUCAGCCUGGAAUGGAGGGUUACGAUGUCCAACCAGAAACUGGUGUUUUACAAGAUCCUCAACUCAUGUCUCAGGAAGAGAAAGAUAGGGGUUUGGGAUCAGUGUUCAAGCGUGACGAUCAAAGGCUUCAACAGUUGAGGGAGAGAGACGCACGAGAGAAAGAUCCAACUUUUGUAUCCGAGAGUUAUUCAGAGUGUUACCCGGGUUACCAAGAGUACAACCAUGAGAUUGUCGGUAGCGAUGAAGAAGCUGAUUUGUCUAAGAUGGACAUGGGUGGAAAGGCAAAGGGGGGUUUACAUCGAUGGGAUUUUGAGACGGAAGAGGAAUGGGAAAAAUAUAAUGAGCAGAAGGAAGCAAUGCCAAAAGCAGCGUUCCAAUUUGGGGUAAAGAUGCAAGACGGUAGAAAGACAAGAAAGCAGAACCGUGACCAGAAGCUCAACAAUGAUCUACACAAGAUCAACAAGAUUCUUACGAGAAAGAAGAUGGAGAAGGAGGGUGGGGAUGUUGGUUCUUUAGAUGGUGGCGAUGCACAGACUCCCAAGAGAUCCAAGCAUUGAUUAUUUUUAAUAUUUUGUUUUGCUGCUCUAUUCUCUACUCAGUCUUUCAUGAGCAAUUCUAUAUUACCAACACUGUUUAGGUUUCAUUUCGAUUGUUAGUUUGUACCAUGAGUAUAGAAACAUUUUCCAUCCAAAUGUUAUACUUCUAAACUUUUUUUCCCUCUAAAGAUAUUUUAUUUAAA